AUGAUCACAUCUUCUCUCCUUAAUUCCCAGUUUCUCAAGAUGCAAUUAAUUUCAAAUGACAAUCCCAGAGAAGGCUCUUCAGAAACAAAAACCAUCUUAAAUGAAUCUAGAAGUGAUGAGGGAUUUGACAACCAUUCAUCUACAUUUGAAAUAAGAACUGAAGGUAUAGCUGUUGAAGAUUCAGAAAGUUCUGAUGCCAAUGAAACUACUAAUAUGGUUACUUCAGAUCAACCACAAUACCGAUAUGCCUUGAUACAGAAGGUCUGUAACUCUGUCUUCUUCAGAAAGCUUCAGAGUUGUGUUGUAAACAAUUUUAUGGAUGUGAAUCAUGUGAUUAAGAAGAUUCAUAUCCUCUUUAACUAA